UCCAGACUUGGCCAGACAAAUUCGUUAGUCCUUUUCAAAGAUUUGUCUCCUUCAUUUUCUCAGCCAGACAAAAUAAACAGAUUGUGAGGAACUGAAGCCAUUCCAAUAUGGCGGAGGAGGAGAGAUCUUACGGAGAAGUGGUGGUGCAGGGUCUCAACUCUCUGAGAGAAGACGAUGGCCACCUAUGUGACUUCACCGUGUCAGCAAAUGAAAAGACAUUUCAGGUCCACAAAGCCCUCCUAGCAGCAACCUGUGAUUAUUUCAAAGUGAUGUUCCGAGGUUCCAUGAACAUGAAGGAGAGCCGUGAAGACAGUGUCGACUUAAAGGGAUUAACUGGGACCGCACUUGAUCACAUCAUAACUUUCAUAUACACGGGAAAACUGAACUUGAACCAUGACACGCUGAGCGAUAUCUUAGACGCUGCCAGUCAUCUCCAGGUACAUGCCGCGCUCGACCGCUGUACCAAGUAUCUCAAUUCGUUACUAACAUUUGACAACGCGGACGAUAUUUUGGAAAUUGCUGACACGUACUCGCUUCCUGGUGUUCUCAAAGAAUUUGACACUUUAGUUUUGAAGAACUUUGAAGAGUUUGCCAAGACAGAGUUGUUCUUUAACUUGAAGUUGGAUCAUUUUAUAAAGUAUGUUUCUAGUGACGAGUUACGGACACGAUCAGAGUUGCAGGUAUUUCAUCACGUCCGACGUUGGAUUGAGGAGGAUGAGGACCGAACAGAACACAUCCGAGACAUCAUGAAAGACGUUCGUUUCGGUCUGAUGUCCGAGGCGGAGCUCCAGGAAAUUGCGCAGAGUGAUUUUGUACGGAAUAGUAGCGAUGUAUCGGCCCUAGUCAGUAGGGGACUACUCUAUCACCAACAGAGUAAAGCUGGUCCAAUCAAAUUCAGUGAUUCGAUUAACACAAACCUGCGAACGCCGUCCGAUUCCCUUGUUUGCGUCCAUCCUGGAAGUGCCUACACGCCAUUGAAAGUAACGGCGUAUCAGGAAGAGACAAAUAGCUUCUUUAAUUUAACUUCAGAAUUUUGUGGGAAUGUAAGCGCAGAAAUGGCUGUGCUUGAUAAUUUCAUUUACAUAUGCCGUGUUUUAGAUUAUCAGAAUGAAGGCGGUGUCUCGACCGCUUCGUUGUGCCGCUUUGAUCCUCGUCACCUUUCCCUGCAAGAGCUCCAGCCAAUGGAACGGCCACGCACGGAGGCAGCCCUGGUCAGUUUGAAUAAGAAACUCUACCUCAUUGGUGGAAAGUUUGCCAACUACGUCAUACUGGAUUGUAUAGAGUGUUACGAUGUUGAAACAAAUACCUGGACACGACUCGAUGCCUUGCCAUGUCCAUUACAUUCCCACGCCGCAGUCGUCGCCAAGGAGAAUAUCUAUAUAUCGGGCGGCUGGUCUUCUCUAAACGGCCAUGAUAUCCUACCGGCCAAUACUUUCAUUUGUUUCAAUCCAGCCACGAGAAAAUGGGACUGCAAGCCUAAUAUGCUCAGCGGUCCAAGGCGGCUGCACAGUAUGAUAACGCUGCAGGAUAAAAUCUACGUCUUCGGUGGAAUAUGUCUUCAGAACAGCCAGCCAAACUCAGAACAGCAGUCACUAGUUCCGAUUGAAGUUUACGAUAUUCCAACAGAUCAGUGGACGUGUUUAAGCAAUACUCUGAAAGGCCGCUCUGACGGCCAUUUUGUUUCCUUGAACAACAAAAUCUUCUCCAUUGGCCACGAACACUUCAAAGCCGCAGAGGACGAACUUUGGUGCUACGAUCCUGAGAAAAUGAUAUGGACUAAAAUAGCCAAAGCUCCUGGCCUGAACUUCCAGCAAACAAAGGGAGUGAUUGCAAAGAUUAACUUCAAUGAUAAGAAACUUGUCAAGAUUACCAACACAAGAUAAUGAUACUGGACAUUAGGGACUUCAAUUGUGACCCGAGUGUUCAAAUGAUAUACCCAUGACCUUUCCAUGAAAUCCAGCGAGGCAGCACGACUGACCUCUGUUGUAUUCAAACAACAUGAGAGGCAAUGCUGCCCUGUCAUACGCAGGCCUUUCAAUCAAAUGUAAACAUUUAAACUCUGUUGUGUUUUUUAGCCAAUUUUGGGACAAGUUUUUUGCUAUUUUGCCUAGGUUUAGGACCUUAUCUGUAAAAGCUAAAAAAAUGUUUUGGAAAAGUUUGAAAUACUUUAUGCUUAUUUGGGGACAUGUAGCGCCCUCUCACACCAUCGAAUGGUGUGAAAACCAUGCAGUUGAAAGGCUUGUAUACCUGUAGCGAAGGCAAGGGCACUAAACUAUAUGGCUUCAAGAAUCUGGUCCAUGUACGCUUGUGUUCAAAAGAAGAUUAGGAUUGGCUCCGACGGGCGGAGGGGUUGUAGUUAGCUUUGAGCAGUGAGUUACGUUGGGGGUAGUUGUGAUGUGGGAAGGUGCUAUUAUGAGUGUUAUAGCCUGGUGAGCCAUGUUGGCUAGUAAUGUUGCGCGCUAUUGUAUCGCCAAGUCGUUGGAAAAUUGUGCAUAAUAAUCGCCGCUUUUUAAGGGGAAUUUGAUCGUGAAUGGCGAUUCAAUCUCACGAAACGAGAGUUUUUUAUGCGUUUAUUGUAAAUUCUCUUAUAAAAGGAGGAGUAUAGAAGACCUACAGUUGACACCUGCAGGUUGAUGUCAAACAUUUGCAUAUUUUGCUUAUGUCGGUGUUUGGGUUUGGUGUGACAGCAAAUAACAUGAAUUACACCAGUGUGGCAUCAGUUCCUUGACGAGAAGAAAAACGCGUUGGUGGCUGGCGAGGGGGGGUUGCUGUGUAGGUUUAUUUUGAAUUGAUAAUCAAUGCAUUGUUAUUGGAUAAACGCCUGUUCUUGCUGGUUUGAUGUUGAUUUUGUAUGUUUUUAUCACUGUUUAAAAUGCAAAUGGUCUCUGAAAGUUUGAAUGUGGUUUGUGCUUGUACUUGACGUUGGUUUGGCCUAUGGGUCGAGAGAAAGAAAGAUAUGUGUGAAGGCAAAAAUUGCCCUUCAGGAUAAGGUAAAAUGCCUUGGUGCGUGCGUAAUGAUAAUGUGAUAAGAGUGGUCUAAAUGUGCUUCUCAUUUGCUUGUUGGUUUUUGUACUGUAUUUUAUGUCUUCUGUCAAGUGAGCUUUUUAUGUAAUUGACAAAAAAGUUAGAUGGAUAUGCAGGGUUUUAAAAUGCUUGUUGUGAAUUUGUCCAGGGGGGUCACUCAGUGACAUGUGUAUGGAGAAUCUUUGUACGAUAUGUCCCGUGAUUAUCUGGUUUUUGCAAAGCAAGUAUUUUUCAAGCCCUGCAUGUGAUGCAUUGACUUUCAUAUUUUUAUCAUUGUGUGCUAUAGUCUACAUAGAUGCCUAUGUACUAUAUCAAACCUAUUUACUCCAGAGUUUCUAGUAAUUUUCUGUGUUAUAAAACUUUAAUUGACAAAAAUUUAACCCGGUUUUGUAUUAAGAAUGUUCAUUAUGUGCUUGUGCUCAUUUGCGAUUUCGUUUACAUAUAUAGUGAGUGGAUCAAAUUCAAAUUACUGAUGGAAUUUGUUUAUUAUAGGAGCAUAACACUGCUCGCUACCACACAGGUUUGGAGACCUGGCUUGAUCAUGCAAUACGGUUAUCUGAUAUGAAACAGGGCUUAUGAUUCACGCCGAUGAUGCACGUCACCACUUUUGAAACUAAAAACAUGCAUUUGUUGGCUUGCUGGUUAGAAAGGGUACACCAGGGUUUUAUAUCCAUGAUAUAUUAUAAGACCCUGGCAUGAUUCAUAGGGUGAAUCUCUUAGUUCCAAUUCAUUACAAUUUAGAUUUCAGUGCAUUUAGUGCUCAAGUAGCUAAUGACAAAUGUGAAUUCCUAUUCCGCCUGUAAUGAGAUUGGUGCAGUUUCCAACGCCAAAUCUCUAUAAUAUUCAAGCCUGUGAUGUCACAUCAAAAGUUCUGUGAAGAAGUAGCUAACAAUGAGAAGAUGCUAGGGAAAAGAUUCAUUUCUCAGUCAAGAACUUGGAAAAAACUAUUGUUUUUUUCAGUAGUUCUGAUGUCUUGAACCUCCUAUAGAGAGUGCUGAAGUUGCAUCAUUUUUCAGUCUCCAUCACAGAGGUCUGAUGUCAGUCCUUGUUGUUGGAGAUUGAACUGGUAGCUCUCCAGACCUCCCGACUAUGACACAAAACAUGUGUUGAUUGGCUACAUGGAGUACAUUACAAGGUCAUGCAAGUCCAGCUUUCCUGGAUUGUUGACAGGGGUAGCUGCCCAUCAGAAAUCAUAUUGCAAUAGCAGCACCCCUGUGACAGAGGUUGAUCCUCAGUCUUACUGAUCUGUUGUGUGAUACCUACUAUAUCAUGUGAUCACUGACCUUAUUGUGAUUGGAUAAUGUCCAAAAAAUAUUUCUAAAAAAAAUGCAAAUGUCAGUGAUGUUUCUACAAAAAUGUAAUUUGAAGAAAUUGUUUUAAUAAAACGUUUCAA